UCCGGAAGUCAGGCUGCUCUUUCAGUUCCUUGAAAGCUUUUUGAUAUCGGUUACUGUGGACAUACUUGGAAGCCUUCGGCAGGAUGGUGCUGACCCUGCUGAAAACAAAAUCAGACGGGAAGCUUGCAAAACAGAUUUGCAAAGCUGUGUUGGAUCAUUUUGAAAAACAGUAUUCCAAAGAACUUGGAGAUGCCUGGGAUACAGUAAGGGAUAUACUAAUAUCUCCAUCAUGCUGGCAGUAUGCUGUCCUGCUUAACCGAUUCAAUUAUCCUUUUGAACUGGAAAAGGAUUUACAUUUGAAGGGUUAUCACACACUUUUUCAAGGAUCUUUACCUUACUGUUCUCAAUCAAUGAAGUGUUACCUUAGCAGAACUCCAGACCGAAUGCCUUCAGAAAGGCAUCAGACUGGAAACCUGAAAAAAUAUUAUCUUCUAAAUGCUGCCUCUCUUCUCCCAGUACUGGCUCUGGAAUUAAGGGAUGGGGAGAAGGUUCUGGAUUUGUGUGCUGCUCCUGGGGGCAAAUCAGUAGCUCUGCUGCAGUGUGCUUGUCCAGGUUAUCUUCAUUGUAAUGAAUAUGAUAGUCUGAGAUUGAGGUGGUUGAGGCAGACAUUAGAAUCUUUCAUCCCACAGCCUUUGAUAAAUGUAAUUAAAGUGUCUGGAUUGGAUGGCAGAGAAAUGGGAGAUGCCCAGCCUGAAACGUUUGACAAGGUAUUAGUUGAUGCUCCAUGUUCAAAUGAUCGAAGUUGGUUGUUUUCUUCUGAUUCUCAGAAGGCGGCCUAUAGGAUAAGUCAAAGGAGGAAUUUGCCUGUUCUACAGGUAGAGCUCUUAAGGUCUGCAGUUAAGGCCUUACGUCCUGGAGGGCUACUUGUAUACUCCACAUGCACACUUUCCAAGGCAGAAAAUCAAGAUGUGAUCAGUGAAAUUUUAAACUCCCACAGUAACAUCAUGCCUAUGGACAUUAAGGGAAUAGCAAGUACUUGCUCCAAAGACUUCACAUUUGCUCCUACUGGCCAGGAAUGUGGACUUUUGGUGAUUCCAGAUAAAGGCAAAGCCUGGGGCCCAAUGUAUGUAGCCAAACUGAAAAAAUCAUGGAGCACAAGAAAAUGGUGACAUAUGUUUUGUAAACCAUGUUGA